AUGGUGACUACACAGACAGACAGACAGCCUGUUGUUGUCAACGGGGACAGGGAUGUAGAUGAGACUACAGCCCUCCUAGGGUCCAGCAAGGUCAGGUAUGAUGAAAGCACACCAGACACUCUGGUCAGUCCGUCGGGGUCAGCUAGCGACACCGACAAUGAGGAAGAAAAGCCCUUGCCCAAGCUGCAGAUCUUUCUACUCUGCUAUGCGCGCGCAAUAGAGCCCCUGGCAUUCUUCUCCAUCUUCCCCUAUGUCAGCCAGAUGGUGCAGGACAACGGGGACGUGCCAGACACGGACAUUGGCUUCUACAGCGGACUCAUCGAAUCAAUGUUUUCCCUGACACAGGCUGUGGUCAUGAUAUUCUGGGGUCGGGCAGCUGACCGCUUCGGCCGCAAGCCGGUUCUGGUCCUCUCCUUAUUCGGCGUGACCGCGGCGACAGGUCUCUUUGGCAUGGCAAAAAGUAUAGUGCAGAUGAUCAUAUUUAGAUGCCUUGCUGGUGUUUUUGCGGGGACCAUCGUCACCAUCCGCACCAUGGUGGCUGAGCAUAGCACGCCCAGUACCCAGGCCCGGGCGUUCAGCUGGUUCGCCUUUAGCGGGAACCUGGGAAUCUUCCUGGGGCCUUUAUUGGGUGGUGCACUUGCUGACCCAGUACGACAGUACCCCGGUGCUUUCGGGACUGGCAGCUUCUUCGAAAAAUAUCCCUAUGCGCUCUCAAGCUUGGUAGUGGCGAUGGUGGGAGCUACCGCUGCCAUCUCUAGCGCCUGCUUUGUUGAUGAGACCUUGAAGAGGGAACCAGUUGGGGUUGACCGCGAUAGCGAGGAGGCAGCAUGCAAUGUGCCAGCCCAGAGUGAUGAUCUAUCGACAUGGCAGCUUCUCAGAUCGCCAGGUGUCGGUAUGGUCCUAUUUUCGUAUGCCCAUAUCAUGAUCCUCGCCUUCUCUUACACGGCCAUCAUUCCCGUCUUUUGGUUCACUCCCGUACAUCUCGGAGGGUACAACUUCACGACUAUCCAAAUUUCCUUGAUGAUGGGUCUAAACGGUGCUGCACAAGCUGCAUGGCUUCUGCUAGUGUUCCCCCCAUUGCAGAAGAGGAUAGGAACCAAUGGGGUCAUACGUCUCUGUGCUUUCAUCUUUCCCUUAUUCUUCCUCUGCUGCCCUCUUGGCAAUCUACUUCUGCGGAUGGACACAGAUGCGUCCGUCAAGAUCUUUUGGGUAUUCUUGCCGAUCGGGCUGGCGGUCGGCUGUGGAGUAAGUAUGAGCUACACAGCGAUUCAGCUCGCCCUGAACGAUGUCGCACCCUGGCCGAGGGUAUUGGGCACGCUGAAUGCGCUGGCUUUGACUGGUUCCAGCACACUGAGGGCCUUUUGCCCUGCCCUCUUCACCAGCCUCUUCGCUCUGGGGGCGAGGACACAGCUGGCUUGGGGAUAUGCUAUCUGGAUACUCAUGAUCCUCCUUGCUUUGGCCUUAUCGGUUACAGCGAAAUACCUGCCCGAGCCCAAGGUUGCUAGCAAGCGCCGUAACAGCCAAGUAAGGUGA